UUAAUGCCUCCCUAAGACCUCGACCUCUAUUAUCUGAAACCCUACCCCAACUUUUAGGUUAUGUCAUUCCCCAAGCUCUCACUUUCGCCGCACUCGUAUUGUGGGUUGCAUGUCUUGCAUGUCAAGGCGUGCCCCCAAAAACAAACAAACCCAUAAAUCCAUUUCGUAAUGUUUAUUUUCGCUGCUUCCAUCAGUUGCUGACUGAAGGUUAUGGUUGUACGAUGUAGCUGUCAAAAUGGUUGUGUUAGAUCAAUUCUAUCAAAUUCUUGAAUCGCCGACACCUACAGUAUCCCCGCUAUGGAAAGCUGCCCACAUAACCGCUUGCAUCGUGUGUGCCGUCUGCGGCUUCCUCACAGCAUUCACCUUCGGUGGGAUCCUCGACACUUUCGGCUACAACUGCAUUCUGAAUGCAGAGAUCGUGUUUGAUGAUGACAAUUAUUUGAACACUUCAGGCUACAGCUAUGAUAAGGAGAUACAUGCCAUGGACUUGACAGGGACGGUAUGGGGGCCCGAGAGCAGUUGUAAUUUCGCUCAGUUCACGCCGCUGGUUAUCAUGAUAUCGGCGAUAAUAUGGGGCAUUUAUUUUGGAAUCAUAUCCAAGGGGGGCGCGGGAUAUGGUCACGAUUUGUUUUCGAGGCCGUGGUCGAUCGUAUAUCCUAGUAUAUUUUUUACCAGUAUUUUUUUUAUUGUGUAUGUGAUCAGUACAUUGCAAUUGAAAUGGGGAGGCCUAGAUUUUUGCGCGCAGUUUAAGCCGGAGUUCAACAACACUGGUUGUAUACCUGAAAUCGGAAUGUACGAAAAUCAGUUCCGCGAAGACAAAACAAAAUAUCUUUUCGAAUUCUAUCCGAAUAUGUUGAUCGCCAUUUUAAGUUCGGAAAUUGGAAUCUGGUCGUGGGUUUUCCAACUCGUGAUGUGUAUAUUAAGAGUUUGCUGUGCGGCAGACUUCGAUAUACAGCUCGUCACAGUGAUGACGAAAGAAGAGGAGAAGGUCGAAAACAUCGUUGAAUUUGCGGAAAUGGAAGACAUGGAAGUUUAAACCUUUCCUUUCUAAUUUUAUAAAAUGAAGUACUUAUUUUUUUUAUGUAGGAGUACUAUUUUUUACUUUUGCAUGUUACUUUUUUAAUUGUGAAAUUUGACGAUUUUGUGGCAACUGAAAAAAUACAUAAAAAACAAAUUAGACGAAGGACGAAAAUAAUUUGCAUAAGGAUGUAGAAAAGUCUAACUUGUUUUACAGUAUUUUGGUGUCGCGCACGCGUGAUUCUCAAAAUUUGACAAUAUUUAACAUUAAUGUAAGUACAAGCUUAAAUUUGGUACAUGCAGGAAGCAGAAAAUGUUUCUUGCCACAGAAAUUUGUGCUCAAAAUUUUAAAAUGGAAACUACCUCAUGUACGAUCUUUCUAUUAGUUUUUUAUUACGUAGGUUCAUAAAGUUGCAGUAAUUGAAAUCACAAAAAUAAUUGGAAGUCGUUACUACACAAUGAGCCACUAUUAUUUAUUUAUAUUUCAGUCAUUCCACUCGUAAUGUUAUGACUUUUGCUAAUUAUUGUGUGUUUUAUGCAUUUUCAUUUUUGGGAAUUUACAAAAUUGGGGAUGUUUUGCUGAUAUUUGACUAAAUUUGAACUUGCCAGAGGUCGCUCACAACAAAACUUGUCGGGAUUUGCUUCAUAAUGUUGCGGAACUGUCAUCAAAUGUAAUCAGUUGAAAGUUAUGCUCAGUGACAAAACCUUUAGCGGCAUUUGUUGUUACCAAUACACCGUAUAUUGAAUUCUUAUAGAAAUCAGACUUAAAGCACGGUUUUGUUGGUUGCAAAACACAUAAAUUAACCAUGAUAUAUAUAUACACUAUACUAUCAUAUAUUAUUUUGUCUUAAAUUUUUAACGCUUUAUAUAUAUUUUAUUGCAUUUUGUAAAAAUGUUACUGUUGAUAGAGUUGCCUUCAUUGCUCCGCACAGAAUGCAUUUGCUCAGACAGAAGCCUAAAUGUGAUAAGUAAAACAAAAUUGCGCAAAUCUCAUUCUCAAUUAUCAUUCGAAUCAAUUUUUAAAAUGAACUUCUGCCUUGCUGUAUUCUGGAUGUGAUAAAAUAAAGGUCUCUGUUGUCGAAAA